UAGCCAAAUCUCCAGGUGAUGAUAAUAGACGAAUGGAAAGUGAUGGAUUGGGAGGUUGGAAAAAGGUACAAAAAGCGCUUCCACGUAUCAUACAUUACGGUCAAAAUGAGGGUUUAUUACUUUUAAAUAGCAUGAAGCGAUUGCAGCAAAUGGGUUCACCAUACAAUAUGCCCAAUGUUGUAAUGCAAGCACAAGUAGCAGCAGAUGUUUGUGUUCAUCAUUUAACGGAUAAAGUACAAAUACCUUGUAAUGAUAUAACGAUUAUGCAUGAAGCUAUACCAUUCCUUCCAGUGCCGGUUGCUCUGCUAUGUCUCUUCUUUAAUAUCAUCAUCCCCGGAUCAGGAACAAUUUUAAGCGGGAUCAGCGCUCUAUGUAUGGGGCAACCAAGAAUAAAUUUCAAGGAAGGUCGUAAACUGGUGACACUUUUUGUUAACUUUUUGGUUGGCAUUAGUCAGUUCUUUACGAUAACCUUUCUUUUCGUUGGAUGGUUCUGGUCAGUUGCAUGGGGUGGCUUGAUCAUUAUACAUUCAAUGCAAUAUCGCGAUGCAUUAGUACAACGGCGACAAGAAGCAGUAGCAACUGCAGCAAUCGAAGCAAUUACCAAAGACUCAAUACUACAUAGGCGAGACGUGAAGAAACUUGUCGAGGCUCACCGAACGACUAGCGGAGAGAAACAGCGAGCUUCAGCUAAGCUUUUCAAAUGA